CUUUUUCUAUUGGGGAAAAAAAAUUGAAGGCUCCGAUCUCUAUAUUUGCCUAAAAGUUUGAAUCCGAAGUUUUGAAAUCCUCCCUUUGCGAUAGCACUUUCCUCAAAAGGCAGAUUUCUUCUCGAUUGCGCGUACGCGAAAUCGAUCUCUGCUCGGUUCUGGGCGUCUCGGCGCAUUUGGCUGUUUCGUCAAAAAACCCUAGCAAUCUUCUCCUCACGAUCCAGUUUGUAGGAAAUGGAGGAGGAGUUGAAAAAGGAUGCUGGGGAUACAAAUAGCAAAGUGCCUGCUAAAUCUACAGACACAGAAGUAAAGGCAAACAAGAAGAAAAAGAAAGGACUUUUGUCGAGAAUAUGGAAUGCAAUAUUUAGAUCCGGUAGAGAUGACUUUGAGAAGAGACUGCAACACAUUUCCAAAGAGGAGGCAGCUGUUAUUGAGAGAAUAACAAGGCGUUCUCAAAGUUGGAGAAGGAUGUCAAGACAUCUUAUCAUACUCUCUGUACUCUUUGAGGUUAUUGCUGUGGGUUAUGCUAUCGUGACUACUAGAUCACUUCACCUAAACUUGAAAAUGAGAGCUCUGCACGUUUUGCCUAUGUUUCUAUUACCUGGAUUAUCUUUCAUUACUUAUUCAGCGCUUGGAAGCUUCACAAGGAUUUGUGACAACAAGGACCAGAAAAACUUGGAAAAGCUCCGUGCUGAAAGGAAAGCAAAAAUUGAUGAACUUAAAGAGAAGACAAAUUACUAUAUAACACAACAGCUCAUUCAGAGGUAUGACACUGACCCUGCUGCCAAGGCUGCUGCUGCUACAGUUCUCGCUUCCAAGCUCGGUGCAGAUACUGGCUUGAAAGUUUAUGUGGGUGAUGAGACUAAGCAAAAUGCCCCUGUUGGGAAGAGCAGUGAUGUUGAAGUUGUGCAGUCCACUGGACUUCGAAACCGAAAACAAGUGCCAAGCAGAUCGGUUAGCUCUGGAAGUACUGUAGUGGACAAUCCUGAAGAAAAAAUGCUUCAACAAACACCGCUCGAGGGUUCUGAUAUGAGCCAGCAUCAUCCGCUGGUUGUUGAGCAUCAUAAUCCAACAGGUCCAAAUUCACAAAAUGGAGGAUGGGUUUCACGUAUUGCAGCACUGCUUGUGGGAGAGGAUCCAACACAAUCUUAUGCACUUGUUUGUGGCAACUGUCGCAUGCACAAUGGGCUUGCUAGGAAAGAAGACUACCCCUACAUUACUUACUACUGCCCACAUUGCCACGCCUUGAAUAUGCAUAAACAUUCUCAAGACCAUGCAUCCGGCCCCAACACCUCGGAUUUGACCUCUUCUCUGGUGCCAGAUGCUGAGGUGAUUGCAAACGCUAGCGCUCCAGUUGCAGAGGAGAUUUCUGCUAGUACUGAAACCGACAUAGUAUCAUCUAAUGUGCCUACUACUAGCUGAUAUACGCCCCUCGCCAUGGAUCCGUCAUCGUCAUACUUUGCUGCCGCCUUUCGUGUGUAUGAAUAUAGCAAGCAGGUCGCCUUGUACCUUAAUUUGUUUUUACACCCUUUUUUACGUGAGAAAUUGUUGUAAACAAUAUGGAAAUACAACUACUAACUGUACCAAGUGAUUUACGAAGCAGCUAGCCCCGUCUCUCCAGGGGCUACCCGGAUUUUAUUUUAAUUUUUUCCCAAAUGAAAUUUUGUUCUAUAAA